ACACAGCAAACAGAAUUAUAAUGACAACUUCACAUUAUAUCACAUUAGGAGUUACUGAAAAAGCAACUUCCUCUGAAAUUCGUAAGGCAUAUUAUAAAUUGGCUCAAACUUAUCACCCUGAUAAAAACCCCAAUGGAGCCGAAAAGUUCAAAGAAAUUUCGAACGCGUAUGAGAUUUUAUCUGAUCAGGACCAAAAAGUGGCUUAUGAUUUAAAAAGAAAACGCGCAACGGAUUUCGAUUUCGAAAGUUUUUAUGCAAGUACUCCUCCUUAUACCUCAAGACCACGACGCAGGACGCCAACUCCACCAGCUCCACCAACUCCACCAACUCCACCACGACCACCCAGCCCUCCACCACCACCUCCUAAGAGAUCAGACUACCACAUCCACACUACUGCGGAAAUCUCUUUAAAACAAUCAUAUCUCGGCGUGAGCGCCCUCAAGGUUUACUACAACCUAAAGGUGAAUUGCCAAACAUGCCAUGGUAAUGAGAAUACUGCUCUCUUUACUGAGGGUUGUGUGACUUGCAAGGGUGUUGGAUAUGUUCAAACCCGCUUGAGUGAUAAUAGAAAGAAAGUAUCUGUUUUAUGCUCUAGCUGUGAUGGAGCAGGUGUAAAAAGUUACAAAAAGAAAUGCCAGACCUGUCUUGGGGCUAAAGCGACUCGUGUCAGUGUGUUGAUUCCGAUUGCGAAAGGCAUCCAUUCCGGCCACACGAUCAAAGUGGAGAACUAUGGCAAUGUCAUGCCCGACAACGUUACAAAGGGCGACUUGCUUAUCAAAGUGACGGUCGAAGAUAAAUGGGGCUGUUUCUCGCGUCAGGGAGACACCUUACUUGCUUCCAUCGAUAUUAAACUACGAGAUGCUCUCAUGGGAGUGAAUCGAAAGAGAGAUUUUAUUAAACAUAUGGAUGGCCGCCCAUUGAAUAUUCAACAAACCCCCGGCACAGUGAUCACACCCGGCAUGGCCUUCUUUCAGAAAGGUGAAGGUAUGCCCCUAUUCUCUGAUACAAAGGACAACAAGGGUGAUCUUAUCAUUAAAUUUAAUGUUAUCUUUCCUGCACACAUCAACAUUCCCAAGGAUUCAUACGUUCGAGAUGAAAUUGAUAUUAUGUUCGAAACGGAGGAAGAACGUGCGAUCCGAGAGAACACGAUUGUUAUCGAAGAUGACGAAGACCAAGAUGAUGAUAUUAGUUCACGAGACGGAGAUACCAAUGAAGAAGGGGAUAUAUCUGUAGAUAGUACCGAUGGCGCUCAGAACGAGGCCCAUAGUUUAGGAGACGACAGUGAAGAUGAACUGGUAUCAGAUUCUGUAAACGAUCCUUAUGACGAUACAGAAGCCCAGUUUUAUGAUUGUGAUGAUCGUAGCCACUCGGAUUCAGGAAGCUCAUACUCUCAUUACAACGUACACGAAAUCGUUGAUAGUGACAAUUAAGAUACUUGAAAAAAGUCCAUCAGUAUUGAAUAUGAUAUGUAUAUAUGAAACGAAGAAAUGUUUUUGGUAAUUCAACAAACCAUACCCAUACAUGAGCGUCAUGCCUCGUAUGGAAAGUAUUGUGAUUUCUAAUGGCAUUAGUAACACACAGUAGUCAAUCAACAACAAUUGAUUGACGAUUAAUUAAAAAUAGUUUGUGCAUUGGGGACAGUCUUGGGAAUAAGUGAGUGGGGGGGGAUGGGAUACGCUUAAUUUUUCAUUGUCUUUGUUUUGAGUUCCAUAUAUCAGACUUUUCGUUCACUAUUUUGCCUUACUUGUACCAACUAUGCAUUUUUAUUGUUACUACGUAACUACUCAGAUGUUUGCGUUAAAGAGAGUAUAUAUGUUUAAUACGAUUACACUUCAGUUAUUGAGCGGACCAAUUCAUUCCUUGAUACGACUGAGAUUUUAAUUAUUU